AGUCGAUGAAUUGAUUUCAAGUUGUGCACAUCAAAGUUGAAACUUGGCAAAUAUUUUUGUUUACUAUUGCUUCGUUCAGGCAAUUCAUCUUUCGCUCAUCUAGCAGUGAUCAGUGAUGAUAAGUGAUAUCAGAGUAUAAAUCUUAGAAAAAUUGUAAUACAAACAGCGCGUGUAAAAAUAUGACGACUACAUUCUAUGGACUGGUUCUCAUUUUGUUUACUUUGGCUCACACUCAUCUGGCUUACGAGAUUCCUCCACCAUAUGUGGAAGUUCUGCAGAGAGGAUUUCGGAUAUCUAUUCCAGAUGAGCCCGGUAUUACGAUGUUUGGAUUUCACGGGAACAUAAAUAAAAGAUUUUUUGGAAACGAAGAAGGUGACCUUCGGCAGGACGUGUUAAGAGCCAAAAAUGGCGUUUGGGCCUAUGAAAAUAGAAACAGACAAGUAAUGGAAGGCGACAUCCUGUAUUUUUGGGUCUAUGUGCAACACGAAAGUUUGGGAUAUGUCUUAGAUGACCAGGAGUUCCGGUUCACAUUCAGACGUACAACCACAUCUAGAACCACAACUACAAGACCAACCACACGAACUACACAACGCACAACAAGAACAACUCCGACGCCUAUGACUAGAGGCACCACCUCAUCAUGGCAAACGACACGGAGUACUACCAUACCAACCGUUCGCCCGGACAAUGGUGAUGAUGGCUUGGAUUGUCAACCGUCUAUAACAACUGUUAGAGGAAAGCCGGUAUGCCGGAAUGAAAUAAUAUUCGAGGAACACUUUUCUGGCACUGGUCUCUCUAAGUCAUGGAAGAAUGGAGUCAAAAUGCCCCUGGACACUGAGGACGCCGAAUUUGUAUCGUAUCAGAAUUUACCGGACAUUUGCUAUGUGAGAGACGGCUAUUUUAACAUUUUCCCGAAGAUUCUGUGCGAUAUUCCUGGAUUCACAACCGAUUCGAUAAGGUCGGGAACGCUUGACUUUGCAGACAGGUGUACGGCGGUAGUCGACACACGAGCCGAGUGUGUGAGAACAGCACAACAUUUCACAAUCCUUCCACCAGUGGUGUCGUGUAAAAUCAAGACAAAACAAACGUUUACGUUCAAAUAUGGACGAGUGGAGAUACGAGCUAAAUUACCGAAAGGAGACUGGUUGCAUCCACAACUGAGCUUGGAGCCGAUAGGAAACGAUUACGGUACAUCGCGCUUCAACUCUGGACAGUUACGAGUGGCAUUCAUUCGCGGAAAUGAAAAUCUCAAAACGAAAAACGAUGAACCGAUCGAUGGUCGUAAAUUGUCGGGUGGAGCUGUGUUAGUGAGUCGUGAAAAAUUCCGAGAUCUUUGGAUGAGGAGCACUUUCAAUGAGCAUCAUUUCGGAGACGACUUUCACACAUAUGAGUUGCGAUGGACAAAUAAAUCUCUCGAACUUUAUGUUGAUGGCGCGACUUACGGAACAAUCGAAGGAGGUUUCAGGGAUCUGGCAAGAACGAACAAUGUGUCUGUUUCGGCACAGUUGUAUGCCGGGGAAUUUAUGGCACCGUUCGACAAAGAAUUUUUUCUGUCGAUUGGUGUCGGCGUUGGAGGUAUUUCCGACUUUCCCGACGCAUCGCGGAAUGGUUACGGCAAUUUUGUAAAACCGUGGACGAAUACAAGUCCAAAGGCGGAACUGAAUUUUUGGAAUGACGUUGAACAAUGGAACAGUACGUGGAACCGACAGAACAGUGGACUGCAAGUGGACUAUGUUAAAGUGUGGUCGAUUUGAGCUUGGAUUUUUUUCUGAUUGAUUGACUGACGAUGCAAUUGACUGAACUUUAGGUGUCGAUUGAAUUGUAAAAUCUGAUUGACAGCAAAGUAUUUUAGGAAUAAAAAAUCAUUGAGCUAAAGGA